AUGGAAGAAUUUAAUUACAUAGAAGAUGAUGAUGACUUUAGUGGAAGUGGCUUCUAUAAUGUUACGCCUGAAUACCCAGAUGGGUGUGAUAGCUGGACAGAAUCUUUUAGAACUACUUCUACUCUUGGUUAUUUAACACGAUUUAUCAAUGGCUUCAUUCUCAUUAUCUGUAUUUUGGGACUGGUGGGAAAUGGAAGGACAAUUUAUCUCCUGGCCUAUUCUAUUAGGAGGAAUUCUUUCACUACUUUCAUCCUGAACCUCUCCAUUGCUGAUUUUGGGGUCCUCACAUCUCUUAUGACCGUGGCUAUAUUUGUGGCUAUUUUAACUCUGCAUGAAAAAACUAUCUUCCUAACUUUCUUCUUAUUUCUUGAGCUCUUUUUCUUCACCUAUUCUGCCAGCCAGUUUCUGCUGAUGGCCAUCAGCCUGGAGAGGUGUGUGGCUGUCCUCUUCCCUCUCUGGCAUCGCCGCCAUCAUCGUCCAUAUCUGCCCAGCCUUGUUUGUGGCCUCAUCUGGAUCCUCUCUUUCCUCCUCUCUGCAGUGCACUUCAUUCUCCACCUGACCAGAAGCUCUGGAAGUUCACCUUUGCUCUACCAGCUUAUUGUGAAUGGUUUACUUUGUACGCCUAUCAUGGUUGUGUCCACUGUGACUCUCUGGAUUCAUAGGAGGUCUAAAUCACAACGCAAUCAAAGGAAGUUGCUCACUGCCUUAUUGCUGGCUCUCCUUUGCUUCCUCCUUUUUUCUCUCCCAAUGAAUGUCUUUUAUGUGGCUGAAUAUUUUGGUUCCUGUCAUCCCAUCCUCCUGACCAUUGGGAUGGGAUGUGCCUCCCUCAAGAGCAGCAUCAACCCACUCCUUUAUUUCCUAGUUGGGAGGAGGAAUAGGGGAAAGGAUCAGCCCAGAACAUCCUUCAAGGUUGCUCUGCAAAGAGUUUUCCAGGACGAACAGGGCAGCCCAGCAGAGCAGCAAACCAUGAAGGAAGACCAGUUGUGA